AUGAACUAUUGCUCUAAUAAUAAUAAUAAUAAUAAUAAUAAUAAUAAUAAUAAUAAUAAUAAUAAUAAUAAUAAUAAUAAUAAUAAUAAUAAUCUCAAAUUAAUAUCAAUAACUAUCAUAAAAAGUCACAAAGUCAGAAACUCAAAUUCUCAUAUAGUAUUAUGCUUCAUCCUUCUACUGGCAUCUCCCACCAUUUUUUCAACUUUAUUAUUGCAAACUUAUAAUCAGAAUUGCCAAGUAUUAGAACUGUUCAAGUAUAUAGAGACCAUCGAUGCAGGUGCUGCUGCAGGUUGUGCUGCUACAGGUGGUUCUACUGCGGGUGGUGAAAGUGGCACACGUGGUACAGGUGGCACAUCAACAAGCGGAUCAACCAGCAUAUCAACAGGUAUAAUAGCAGGUAACUCUUCAGACUGGAAAGACUCUUCAGACGCAUCAGAGGAAUCUUCAAAAGGUUAA